UUCCUGUCCAUGUGUAGGCGAGUCACGUGUCGUCAUGUCCCUGCCGAUGUUGUGCUAGGUUUUUAUUAUUGGCGUCUAAUCUUCGUUUCACUUUUCCGAGAAAUCUCGCCGCAUUACCUCCAUAUAUCCUUCGCCGAAGAAUGAGCGACAACGAUGACAUCGAAGUCGACAGUGACGCAGACAAGCGGGCGCACCACAACGCUCUGGAGCGCAAGCGGCGGGACCACAUCAAAGACAGCUUCCACAGUUUACGGGACUCGGUUCCUGCCUUGCAAGGGGAAAAGAGUUCUGUCAAACAGGCUUCCCGAGCACAGAUCCUAGAUAAGGCCACAGAGUACAUCCAGUACAUGAGGCGAAAAAACACCACCCACCAGCAGGACAUCGACGACCUGAAGAAGCAGAACGCUCUGCUGGAGCAACAAGUCCGUGCCCUGGAGAAGGCCAAGGGCAACAACCAGCUGCAGGCCAACAGCUACUCCUCGGACAGCAGCUUGUACACCAACCGCAAGGGCAGCGCCGUGUCGGCCUUUGACGGCGGCUCCGACUCCAGCUCCGAAUCGGAGCCCGAGGAGCCACCCACUAGGAAGAAGCUGCGUGUGGAGCCCAGUUAGACCGUCCCCUCUCUUCUCCCCUCGCCCCCCCCCCCCCC